AUGGGCCGGAAGAAGGGCAAGAAGAGAGACGCCCAGGACGCGCCGCCCGCCGCCGCCUAUGACGCCGCCACGCUAGCCGAGGCGCGCGAGCUGCAGGCGCAGGAGCUGGAGGUGCUGCAGGCCAUCUACGACCAGGACCUCGAGACGCACAGCUCCACGCCGCUCUACACGUACAUCUUCGCCAUCCGCCUGCUGUGCGAGGCCACGCCGGGCUCGGCCACGACCGCCGAGGUGCUGCUGCACUUCGACCUGACGCGCGCGUACCCGCUCAAGCAGCCGCCCAACAUCACGGUGGAGCCCAAGCACGGGCUAUCGGACACGGAGACGCAGAAGCUGCAGCGCGGCAUGGAGCAGCUCGCGCUCGAGAAACUGGGGGACGCCGUCGUGUACGACCUCGUGGUGUUCGCGACGGACUUCAUCCAGGACCACCUCAAGGACCAGUCGUCGUUCUUCGACCAGAUGAUGACCCGGCAGCAGGACCGGGAGACGAGGGAGAAGCAGGCGGAGGACGCGCUGCUGCAGCAGCAGGAGGAGCAGGCCAAGGCCAAGAACGAGGAGAUUCUGGCGCUGAUCGACGCCGAGAGGAAGAAGCGGGAGACGAUGAAGAAGACGCGGCGGAGACGCAGGAGGAGGCACCGGUCCAGCAUUGACGGAGAGUUUAGCGGCAGCGAGGACGAGAGUCGAGACGACAUGGAGAGCUUGUCCAGUAUCUACGAGCAGCAAACAGAGGCCAGCUCCAAGCGGGGAGGGACGUCGUCGAAUCCGUCGGAUUCCGACUCAGACACGUCGGAUCUGGACGCGGUUGCAGCUUCGGAACGGUAUCAUUCGAGGUAUCACGGCGACUUCAAAGAGCUCGGGCUGCUCGGGCGCGGAGGAGGAGGUGAAGUGGUCAAGGUACGGAAUCGGCUCGAUCGACAGCUCUACGCGGUGAAGAAGGUUAAACUGGACCCGGAUGACAAGACGAUGAAGAAGAAGAUCUUGCGCGAGGUCAAGACCAUUUCGCGGAUGCAGCACCGUCAUAUUGUGCGGUACUUCCAGGCGUGGAUUGAAGGAGAGAGUGGAAUGUCCAGCGAUGAUGAAGAGGACUCGAGUAUUGAGGACAGUGAUUUAAGGGAUGAGGAGAGAUCGUUGAGCGGGGAUGAAGUCGGUGGCAAGGAAGACAUGUACGGGGAUGCCAGCCUUUCGUCUGGUGUUGACGAUGGAUUGGGCCCGAUGACGUCUACAGACGAGGACGAAGAUGACUGGCUAGGCACGAUGGGCAGCAGUACAGGACUAUGGUCGACGUCCCGCCACGAGAAUCGUAGCCUACGUAGCAACAGCCAUUCAUUCCAGCUGUCCUCACAUCGUUUUGCUACGGAGAGCUAUCCGGAUGAUGGUUUUGACUGGGAGGCGCUGGAGGAAGUACCAAUGGAGGACUCAAGCGAUGAUGAAGACAGCGGAUACCACCGGAAGACUCUGCGUCACAAAAGUGCUGUGCCCGAAAAGAAGCGGAAGUUUGAAAAAUUGUAUAUUCAGAUGGAGUUUUGCGAGGGCAACGCUCUUCGAGAGGUUAUUGACAAGGGUGCACUAUGGAAAGACCCCGAUAAGAUCUGGACAAUGUUCCGCCAGAUCCUGGAAGCGCUUGUGUAUAUCCACCGCCAAGAAAUUAUCCAUCGCGAUAUCAAGCCGCCCAAUGUUUUCUUGGACUCCGAAGGAACUGUGAAGCUCGGCGAUUUCGGACUUGCUGUGCGUCCCCCCAAGGUCAUAGAAGAUGACAGCAGCAACGAUGACUCGUCCCCACCUGGAGAGACGGUAACUGGCGUGAUAUUAUCUGAGUCAACAGGUUCAUCAGCUGCUGAGUUGUACGGCCGGCUGAAGCUGGAGAACCUCGAGAGCACGCGUGUUGUCGGCCGAUCAAGCGUGCAGCACCAUAGCAAUCUGAUGACAACAAUAUCAGCUGAUGUGGGUGACGGUAGUAUCACAGCUGGAGUCGGCACGGCCUUUUAUCGAGCACCUGAACAGGAACGAGAGGGCCAGCGCUACAAUCAGAAAGCGGAUCUGUUCUCGCUUGGAAUCAUGUUCUUUGAGAUGUGGUUGCCGCCAUUCACAACUUUGAUGGAGCGUGCACAGGCACUCACCGGGCUAAGAGAAAGACACGAGCUGCCAGCAGCUUUCAGUGCUUCUGAUGACGUCAAAAAAAUCAUUUUGUGGCUAUGUGAACGUGAUCCGUCGAAAAGGCCCAACGCGAAGGAGCUCCUGACAAGCCCGCUUCUGCCCGCCAAGAUCGAAGUAGAGGGUUCUUACCUUCGUGAGGCGCUGGAUACCCUAGCAAACCCACAGGGUAAGUUUUUCGGACAGCUUAUCGACGCACUGGUCUCCCAAGAGCCUCUUAACCAUGUCGACUACACCUACGAUCACUUGGAGUCGGUUAAAAUGCGCAGCUACGAGGUUCAGUUGCGCACGAAAACGUAUGUCAGGAACGUCUUACAGAAAGUGUUUGAGCGCCAUGGGGCGGUUGAGAUGUCCACCCCGCUGUUGAUGCCGCGAUUGUCGGAGCAGACUUUCAACGGAAUCACUCUUAAUGCGCCACCCAACGCAUCGAUGAUGCUGGAUGGCAACGGUGUUUCAGUAUCGCUUCCGUUUGAUCUGACCGAGAGGCUUGCUCGCUUCGUAGCACGACACAACGUUUCGCGGCUGAAGUGCUUUCAAUUUGACCGAGUGUACCGGAAGAGUGUUGGUGGCGGCCAUCCACGCGAGUUCACGGAGUCAGAUUUCGACAUUAUCUGGGAUGAUGGUGGUUCUUUCCGUUUCUUGGAGCUGGAAGGCCUAGAGGUGGUGUCUGGAGUGAUCAAAGCGCUGCCGAGCUGUUUGGGCUCUUAUUAUCUACGCUUCAACGACGCCCGGAUGACACGCGGUAUUCUUGAUCUAUGCCGCGUUCCAAGCAGUGCCCGUCGUGAGGUGCUGCGGCUUCUUUCGAAUGAAGUUUCCUUCUACGUGCACGCUGGUCCGCCGUCCACGCAAGCUCCAAGCCUGAAACCUGGACGCUGGAAGUUUGUCGCGAAGCGAAUGAAACACUAUGGCGCACCAGCAAGCGCCAUCGACGCGUUAAAACCAUUUUUCCUAUUGCCGGAGGACUGCCUCACAUCGCUGGAUUUGAUCGAGCUAGAGGUGCAGAAGUUAUUUGCGAAAAAUCGGGCUCUUUCGAGCCGCGACGCACUGCCGGAUGGCGAUACCGGCGCUGUGUCUUCUUCAGCGGACCGGAAACAGAUUCAAAAGCGAGACGCGCAGCUUCGGCGCAUUGUCAAGGAUGUAAACGAGGGCAUCACGUCCUUGCGAUUGCUUCUGCAAGGCAUGCAAUUCCUCCAGCUAUCGGGCCCAGUGUGCACACGAUUGGAUUUAGGGCUCAGCCCACGUCCUGAGCGGUACACGUCAGGUUUCAUCUUCCAGGCUAUUUUGUUGGAUGAACCCUCGUAUGGUGGCAAUAACGCCGAUAAAUCCGCUUCACUGCUGGUCGCUGCGACGGACAACCAGAUCAUUAUCGCGGAGGGUGGACGCUAUGAUGCACUGAUAUCGCGCUUCAAGCUCACGACAGCGUACGCGAAAGCCUCGUCAGUCGCUGCGAUGGGUGUGCGCUUUGCCAUCGACAAGAUCGUAUCCUUGCUUGCGGAGUGCAUGUGCCCGACUCUUCUGGAAUUCAAGUCCCCGGCCUCAGAGGUGCUGACGGGCGGCCGCAAGGUCUUGAUUUGCUCAGCAGGCAAGGCGUCCGACACGAUGCUGUUUCGAAUGCAGAUCGCAACGCUGUUGUGGGGACAGGGCAUCGGAGCUGACUAUCUGCACCCAGAGCCGCUGCACCUGGAAGACCUGGAGGACUACUGCGCACAGCAAAAUGCACACUGGAUGGUGAUCGUGCAAAAGCACAUGAUGCGAGAGAAGCAACAGGUGAAGAUCCGUGCGGUGAAGAGCCAUUCCGAAGCCGAUGUGGUGACGAACGUGACCGCUCUACCGGAAUACAUCAGCGGGCUGUUGGAAAAUUUCGGCAAGAACUCACAUGGUGAUACUGCAACCGGUGGUGGGCGAGGCAACAACCAUUUCGGAGACAGCGGGGGCAACAACAGCAAUGGCGGUGGUGGCGGCAACUCGUCAUCUGGCAGUACGUUGCAGCCUAUCUUCGACGUAAGGGUGGUUGAUGCGAAGUACCAAUCCAGGGACAGAAACUACCGCAACUAUCAGUUCGACACGCAGAAAGUCACGCGUCGCGUGUCCAAGUGGAUCUCGUCGAGCUUCUCGUCGCGGGGGGACGAGGCCAUGAAGGUGCUGUCCGUGGAUCUCCCGUUCACGUUGGUACGCGAGAUGUCGUCAGCCCUGAUGGAAGAGGGUCGUGCCGGCAUCGACACGGUGUGCGCCAACAACCCCCGGUAUCGGAAGCAGCUCAAGUACACGAUGGAGGAGGUCCUGGCACUCACCCCCGAGGCCAACUCACGCAGCGUUGGACGCGAGCGAUACAUUCUCCUGCACAGUAUGGUGGAUGACCGGUACGACAUGAUGUCUCUCGCACCACCGUCGAAAUCAAGCCGCAAGAGGAACUAA